CGUUCACGCAACCAUCUCUACAGAUCACAGAAAUGCACUCAGCGGGAGUCCCUGCCACAUAACAGAGAAAAUAUUAACUUUGAACUCUAAGAGAAAAGAACGUUGAGUGGUGUAUAAAUAUUCAUGGUUAAAUUGUGUCAAAAAACGAAAAUCAGCCUGCUGGCAUCAUUCAAGCCAACACCUUGUUGGAACAAAGUCCAUCAUGGCGGAGCUGAACGCAUCUCUGCUGAUGAGUAAGGUGCAGUCGGACUUGGAGAUUUUGAAAAGCAACAAUGAUCAGAUCUUCCUUAUUGUAAUGGGAAUGCUGAUUUUUUUCAUGCAAUGCGGAUUCGCGUUUCUGGAGGCCGGGGCAGUCCGCUCUAAGAACACCACCAAUAUUCUUAUCAAGAACGUUCUCGACGGCUUUCUGGGCGCAUUGGCAUAUUGGUUGUUCGGCUAUUCGUUCGCAUUUGCAAAUGAAAGUAACGCGUUCAUCGGACACUGGAAUUUCGCUAUGUCUUACCUCCCACUUAACCUCUUCUCCAAAUGGUUUUUCCAAUUCGUCUUUGCUGCAACCGCGGCCACUAUUGUAAGCGGUGCCAUGGCAGAGAGGACAGAGUUCAUGGCAUAUCUGUUCUACUCGUGCCUUCUGACUGGAUUCAUUUAUCCUGUCGUAACGCACUGGGGAUGGGAUGGAAACGGGUGGCUUAGCAAAGGCCUGAAUUACGAUGAUGGUGGUGUCACAGUCAAUGUACCGUAUCAGGACUUUGCGGGCAGCGGUAUUGUUCAUGUUGUUGGAGGGACAUGCGCACUAGUCGGCGCCGCCAUACUCGGACCCAGGAUUGGCCGUUUUGUGAAUGGAAAGCCCGUCACAAUCCCCGGACACACAGUGCCCAUGACUGCCUUGGGAGGGUUCAUCUUGUUCAUGGGGUUUCUCGCCUUCAACGGCGGGUCUCAAGCCCAGAUGUCGCAGGCCGGAGACGCGGAGGCUGUUGCUUUAUCUGUCGUCAACACUAUCAUCGCCGGUGCUGGUGGUGCGGUAACUGCGCUUUUUAUUAAGAGAAUUGUACCCGGGGCGGGAAAGAACUGGAGUCUGUUGACGACUAUCAAUGGCGGGCUAACAGGAAUGGUCUCGAUCUGCGCUGGAUGUAACGCAGUGUACCCGUAUUGCGCGCUUGUCAUCGGUAUCCUCGGUGGAAUGACGUACGUACUCUGGAGCGCGGCAAUACUGAAGAUGAAAAUUGAUGACCCUCUUGACUCUUGCCCUGUGCAUAUGGGCGGUGGAGUAUGGGGAGUUUUGGCCGUUCCAUUGUUUAACUACAAAACAGGGAUUCUCUACCGGUGGAAUAAAUACUCGUUCUACGCUUGGGCCUGGAACAUCGUAGGUCUGUUGGCCAUCAUGGCCUGGUCUGCAGGCUGCGCCGCACUUAUGUUCGGGUUUUGCCAUUUAAUUGGGAAGUUGCGAGUUCCUGAAGACAUUGAAAGGAAAGGUCUCGACAUCCCCAAGCACGGCGAGCCCGCUUACCCCGUGGUAAGUUACGGCGAUGGGUGGAACAUGGAGGAGUACCAGCUUGGCCCCGGCGGCUUUGUCGACAAAUCGAGGCACGUGAAUGGGAACUCUUCCGAGCAGGGACCGGUCGAAGCGAUUGCUAUCGGGAAACUAGACGGAGACAAACGCACCAACGGCGAUAGCAGCCCUCCCGGGAGAGUCAACACGGGUUUCUAGAGUACUUCAACAGUACGGGAACGACACAUAGAAUACGUAAUAACACACGCUUCUAGAUUACUUCAACAGUCGAUAGACGUUUCGACGGUUAGUAACACACAAAGAAAAGUCAACAUGGUCUUGUAGAAAAUUCCAGCAAAUGUACAGCAUAGCAUAGCGAAUUUUUUUCGACAUGUUUUGGGCUAGGUUUGUUGUCCUAUUAUGGAUAUUCAAUUUUCCCAGUGUUCAAAGUUAAAAUGGGUUACGUAGAGCAUGUGCCAUUAGUGGGCGAAAUCUUCUCAAGAAAACUUGAAUAUCCUAUGUAUUUUGAUCACACAAUGAAGCAAUGUAAAUAAGCUCACAGAAGUAAUCAAUCAUUAUAUUUUCCAAUGUUACUGUUGAUAAACUCUGUAUAACGACGGCUGUGUCACUUGUAAAUGCUUAAAAAAAUAAAUGGGUCUGAUGUU